CUUUUAUUUUUAUUCUCUGUCCUAGCCUCUGCAACGAAAUAAGUCGCUUCAUUGUGUCAAAAAAUGUCUAUUAUAUUUAUCGAAUUUUGGUCUGCUUUGACAAUGCUAGUUAUAUAGAUUUUGAACAAGUCGGAGUACUUGAUCUCUAUACUAAUCAUUUGGUGUUAUACCGCAGGGGUUAGGCAUCUUGGCAAUACUAGAUAUCAUACUUUCCAAAUCUGUAAGAAACUCAUGUCCUGCAAACAUGCGCCCAGGCUGUAUCAGUGAUCUACAGAAGUUCCUAUUCUUUAUGGCGUUAACCCUCAAAGCCCUUGGGGUAUGUGGUCAUACUGCAUCCUUGAGUUCUUUCUUGGGACGACAAAGCCAAAACCAAACACCGACUGAUAAAGAUGAUGAUCAGAAAAGGAAAAGGCCAGGGAAGUUCGGACACAUGAUACUCGGAAGAUGCGUAAUUGUGUUACUUGCCAUCCUUGCAACUAUUGUACUUUCAUAAAUGCCAUGGGCUGUCAAUUUUGGAAUACCGGCAAUAGGGAUGGUAGUGGCAACCCUUCUAUUCGUGAGUAGCACAUCUUCAUACAAACAUGCUGCACCGCAGGUGGGUCUUCUCACAACUGUACUUAGAGGGUUGGUAUCUUCGGCUUCCAAGAUAUUUUGUCGCCUCCCACAACAGUCUAAUAGAGUCUACGAUAAUCAUCAACCUAGUCGUCACCUUGUGCCUCGCACCCACUCCCUCAGGUUCUGUGACAAGGAUGUCAUUAUCGUCCAAAUUCAAACUCCAGAUGAAAAAGCAGAACACGUUGGAUUGAAACUUCCCAAAAUCUUUGCACGCAUGUUACCUUGGUGGAUUAUCUUCAUUAUGUGUGGGGUCGUGAGUUCCAUAGGUGACACUUAUUUCUUGGACCAGGCAAACAACAUGCAGAAAGGCAAGGUUGGAGGAUUUAAGGUCCCCUCUUUUAUACUACUACUCUUCCAUAAUAUUACAAAAUUCGUGUUCAGCAAACUGAUUGCAGUGGUUGCUAAAAAGUUAUAUGAAAAGGGAUUUGGAAAAUCUAUAUUCCCCAUUGGAGUCAUAGCAGCAUUGUUAUUUUCAGUAGUAUGUUGUGUCGUGGCUGCAAAAGUUGAGACGAGGAGGCUGGAGUUGAGCAACGAACUUGAGGAUUCUGACGCGGAAAUCCCAAUGAGCAUGUUUUGGCUUCUUCCACAGUAUUUAUUUCUUGCUGCCAUUGAUGGAAUAUCUGAUUACCUUUGUGGUGACCUUGAGAAAGUCUCUGGCUACAGCAUUGCUUGCUUCUGUAUCGCUCCAAAGUACUCUUCCUUCGUAAGCACCUACUUGAGACUUUGUACCAAUGCUGCAUUUGGAUUAGGAACCGUGGGCAGUGUCAUUUCAGUUCAUGUGGCGGGUAAGUUCAGCGAAAUUGGAAGGAGUUCAAGUUGGUUUCAGGAAACACUGAAUGAAAGUCAUUUGGAUUAAUACUAUCUGACUCUAGCAGCGUUGUCAUCCAUAAAUCUUGUGUUGUGCAUCUUGGUGUCAAUCUGGUACAUCCAUCAACACCUUAAGGCGAUGAUUCGUGAAAUGUUUACAACCCCUGCGAUAGUCAAGAUGCUGGUUGGCAGGAUUUUUUCUUUCCAUAUUUUUUCAUUAAAUUAGAUAUGCAAAUUCAAGUAUAUAUGAAGCUGUGUU